CUCAGGCGCCAGUAAAGCAAUAAUAAUAAUAAUAUUCUAAACCAGCUGUUCCACAGGCUUAAGGCACAUCUAUUAAUUUGUGCUUAAGGUAUUAAAGUUUAUCAAAGUUUGUGUCGUUUGGAUGAUAAUUUUGGGUGCGUUAAUCUUCUCUAAAACACACGUGCCAUUUGACGCAGAUGUUGGGAUAAUUUAUUGCCUCUUGUAUUCUGCAAGUCGGUUUUCUUUAGUUUUAUAGCGAUGUGGCGGUUUGGUUGUAAAAACACGUGACAGUUUUGUUGGAACCCAGCUGUUUGCUUCGCUGCGCACAGUUGAUGUCAGUCCAUGUAGAGUCAGGAAUUAGAUGACCGAUCUUCUCUUUUAUUAAUACGAGAGAUCUUCCAGAGAAAGAGGAAGCGCUUUAUUACAUACCUCUAGAAAAGAGAAGGAAUGGAACCGUUUUACGACCCAUUUUUGAUCUCUUUAUCUCUUCGUUUGAGCCAAGAUCAUCGUGUGGUCUUCAGCACAGAAAACGCGCCCAUAGACAAGGACUGUGCUACCUUUGUUCAACAAUUUGUGACAAAUGUUCUCAGUUUUAGUUCUCAGUAUGGCGGUAAUAACAGCAUAUCUUAUGCUGCUGCUAACAUAAUUGGGCCACCUGACAAAUUUCCCAUGUAUGGAGAUUUUCCGCAGACAUUUACCAUGAGAACUUACGGACCAUGGUGGGACAAAGCACCUUCGAGAUCGAUCGACUAUAUGCCGCAGAAUAAUAUGGAUGUUGUGAGUCAAGAUUAUAUUACUAUCGAAUAUCGUGAAGCUGUAUAUCCAUUGAGACUCUCCAUAUAUGAAGUACAAAAUCCUGGGAGUGUGAUUCGAAUUUGGGCUCGAGAUCCUAACAAUCGGUGGGUUCUCCUGUGGAACGGACCGCCUCAGAUCGUGCCUCAGUUUCUUGAGAGAUCACGGCUAUUUUCGCCACCUUUACAGUCGUGCGACUUCAAGACCAAAACAUUCAGGCUUGAGUUUAAUCACAGUUUACUGGAAUAUUAUACAGAAAUAGAUGCUGUGAUGCUCAUCGGAACGUUUGAAUUAAUCUUGCCCAAGGACCAAUCGCACAAACGGAAUUUAACUGAUGUAUUAAAAAGCAUUAACAGCUCGUAUCCUUGUCACGAGGACAUUCAUAAUUUAACACCGAAUUAUGAAAAUGCGUUCGAAGAUAUAGUCCAUCUUAAGAACACAUUGGAUGAACAUUGUAUUAUGUAUAAAAGCGGUGUAGUAGCGAAUUUUCACGAGAGCAAGUUGGUAUCUCAGUUAGGUCCACUUUAUUACUAUGUGCCACCUCUUAAGAAUAACUGUAAUAGUAUGCAACACUUUUUAUCAGAAGAACUUACAAAAUUUUUGGAAGAUAAUCCUUCAAACGAGUCCAUGGAGUCGUCAUGUUGCAGGUUCUCUGCACUUCCUGAUGAAAUAGUGAGGAAGAUAUUAAAAUAUUUAGACUUACAGUCGUUAUGUCGAAUGAGUAGAGUGAAUAAAUUUUUCAGUAAUUUAGCAGAGGAUCCAUUGCUUUAUAAAAGUUUGAAUCUAAAACCAUAUUGGCAUAUUAUUGAUGCGAAGGCGUUGCAUUACUUGGCAUUCAAGUGUAAAUAUUUACAAAAAUUGGACCUUUCGUGGUGCGACAGCUUUUCUGUUCCGGAUCUCGCAAAAUUUCUUGAUACUCGCGGUAGCCUCUUAACACACCUACGACUGAAUUGCUGCUCAUGUAUUGACGACGUCGCGAUGCUUGCAAUUUCGAGGACAUGCAAAAAUUUGAAAGAAUUGAGUCUGCGUAAUUGUGAAUUGAUAAGGGACAUGGGAUUUUCAUAUCUUGAAAAUCUUGAAUUUCUGGAGCGUUUGGAUCUUUACAGAACACAUAUAAAGACUCAGACCCUUUGUAAGAUACUACGACGAAAUCGCCGGAUGCGUCAUUUACAUAUAGGCGACAUGGAUAGGAGUGUGAACGUAGAUGAGAUUGCAAUGGAAUUGAGAAACUCGUGUCCGGAUUUGGAAAGUAUAGAUUUAUGGAAGGCACUUACUCUUACGUCACAAGGUAUUGACGCGCUUGCCGACUGCAAGAAUCUACGGGAGGUUGAUUUUGGUUGGUGUGGCAGUAUGACUGGUCAUGGUGACAGCUUCCGUAGAUUGCUAUCUUCCUGCGAACACCUGGAAAAGGUCUUCUUGGUUUCUUUUAGACAGCUCACCGAGCGUGACUUGAGAGCACUGACGCUGUGCCAAAAUUUAAAACAGUUAGACCUGUUAGGCUCGCUCUCCCUAACAACUGAUAUAUGUUAUGCAUUUUUCAUAAAUUGUCCUAAACUGGAGAUGAUUGAUCUCAGCUUCUGUAACAACAUUCCUGAUUCGUUGAUUACGCGGUGGCAGCAUAUGUUCACGCAUGUGGCUGUGAAAAGAUUAAAAAUGAGUCAACAAACUUAGUAGAUUUAAUGUAGAAUUUUUACAUUCGAUGAAAAGAGUAUGUUGAAUUACGCCUUCAAAACACAAAUUGCGCUAAGUAUAUAUUGAAAAAUAAUAUAUUUAAAAACUAUAUCAAUGGGUUAGGUUAGAUAGAUUUGAAUAUUUUAUUAAAUCUAUUUUUUCUAUCAAAGUAAUGUUGAUGGUUGUGCCAGUUAGAAAAUAAAAAUGUAUACGUAACGUAAUUAAA